AUGCUCAAAGGGAAGGGAACAAACGAAACUUUGGUAGAGCUAGAUAAUAAAUUCGUUCUUGCUACCAAGAUGUUAGAUUUGUUUUGCCAAAUAUCAAAUAUUUCAGGACCAAGAUAUGAAUUGUUAAAUGAUGGUCAUGCUUUAGAACAACACUACGUCGCGGAUAAUUUAAUUGAAGAAGAACGACUUAAGGGAGAAAAGUUUUUUUCGGAUCCUCUUGAAGCUCAAGAAUGUGUUGCAGAGAUGACGUUCGACGUACUAUAUUCUAAAGCAGCCCAUGGAACCAUAUUUUUAGAAAACUUUUUGAUAAAGUUGGUUGGGGCCGUAUCGAAUAUCCAGUUGAUAAAACCUCAAAGGAUACCUGAAAACAUUAAUAAUGCUCAGAUUGCUGCUGAUAAUGAAGUAUUUCAAUUACUUAAGGGAUUACAAGGAGUAUUUCGAUCUGUAGGAUUUACUAUAGGACCACGUGAAGCAAAAUUUGUUGAUUUAUCUACCUUUAAAGGAGGAGAUCAUAUGUACAUGCCAUGCUAA